AAUCCUAGGCGGGAGAAAGGCGGCCCGCCAUCCCGGGGGAUCUUCCCGGGGGCUCAUCCCGCCUGACUCGCCCCGGGCCCCGGGCAGUGGGCAGGCUGCCUUUCCGGGCAGGGUGGGGGGCGCGGAGAGAAAAGCGAAAUGUCCCGGAAGCCCAGCCGGGACCCCGGCCACUUCCGCUCGCCUCGCUUCCCCCGGUUUCCGUAGGCCGGUCCCGGCUUAGUUUAUGGUCCUGGGAAAACGAGCGUCACUUCCUCGGCAUCCGGUCCCGGCGGGGAGGCUGGACUUCUGCGCUCAGCCCUCGAGCUCCCCGACCCCGGAGCGCCCCGAGAAGUAGCAGCAACACACACCGGGGCCCAAAGACCUGCGGGCGAUUAGGGAUGCGGGCGCCGGCCGGAUGACGUCAUCGAGGCCGCGUCGCCGCGCGCCGCGAUGACGCCAGGCGCCGGCCGGGGCCGUCUGCAGGCAGGGCCCCGAACUGGAGGGACGGUAGCCCGCCAGCCGUGGCCCGGAGCGGGGACAUGAGGAAGAGGCGGCGGCGGGAGGCAGACGGAGGCGGGGCCGCCCAGCGGCGGUAGCAGCGUCCCUGGGGGUGGCAGGUGUAGCUCCGGGGCAGGAGCGUCACCUCUUAGCCCCCCUUUCCCAGUCAGUGGCCGCGUUCGGGGCUGGUGGCGGCGGCGCCUCCCUUAGUCCGCCACCAUGUUCCGGAGGGCGCGACUCAGCGUAAAGCCCAACGUGAGACCCGGGGCUGGCGGCAGGGGCCCGGCCGCUCCCGAGCCGCCGCGCGGCCAGCAGGCUCCCCGAGAGCCCGAGCCGGCCGACCCGCCGCCGCUGCCGCCAGCGCCCGAAGCAGCCGAGACCCCGCCGGGGCCCCCGCUGGAUCCCGGGGGAGCCGAGCCCCCGGAGGACGAGGCGGCCGAGUAUGGUGAUGAAACACCUGCUGGGAAUGAUGCUGGACAAUCCAGUAAAUCUUCACCGGCUGUUUUACAAAGAAGAAAGCGAAUAUCAACUGUGCCUAGUCCUGCUAAACCUAGUGCCCCUUCUCCAUCAGUUCCCCAGGACUUGUGCACUGUUCAACAGGAAGCACCUCAACCAAGUCCCCUUCCAGCAAAAGAGAAGCAGCCAUGCUCAGAUCGUUAUAGGAUACUCAAAGCUCAAAAGCUGAGAGAAAUGCUAAGAGAGGAAAUGACAAAAAGAAGGAAGCAAUGGAAAAACAAAUAUGCUGGAAAUGAAAGCCAAAUGCCACCAGACCGUUCUAAAAUGACUAUGAGAGACUUGAUAUAUUACCUGCCGGACAGCAAUCCUAUGAAAUCUUCUUUGGAACAAGAAGCAAAAACUGAAAAAUCUACACCACCAGUGCAAACCAAAGAUCAAGAAGAGAAAAAUAUUCCUGAUGCUGAAGAUGAUGUUGAAGAAAUGGAGGAAGAGAGCAACGAUGGCCCUUUACUUGUUCCUCGUGUUAAAGUGGCAGAAGAUGGCUCUAUUAUUCUGGAUGAAGAAAGUUUAACUGUAGAAGUUUUAAGGACAAAAGGCCCUUGUGUUGUUGAAGAAAAUGAUCCCAUUUUUGAAAGAGGUUCCACUACUACAUAUUCCAGCUUUAGGAAAAAUUAUUACUCUAAACCAUGGUCAAAUAAAGAAACAGACAUGUUCUUUUUAGCCAUCAGCAUGGUAGGAACAGACUUUUCCAUGAUUGGCCAACUCUUUCCUCACAGAGCAAGAAUAGAAAUUAAGAAUAAAUUUAAACGUGAGGAAAAAGCAAAUGGGUGGAGAAUUGACAAAGCAUUUCAAGAGAAACGCCCCUUUGAUUUCGAUUUCUUUGCUCGUUUGCUUGAGAAGGUCCUUGCAGAAGAGGAGAAAAGAAAACAGAAAACUGUUAAAAAUCAAAACACAAAAGAGAAGAAGUCUUCUAGACCUCGAAAAAAGCAAAAUGUAAAUAGAGUUGCCAGUGGUGAAGUAGAUGAUGAUCCAGAUGAGUCUCUGAAUGCUAGACUUUCAGACAUGAAAGGAACCGAAAUGGGUGCUGAGAUUGUCGAGAAAGAGAAUGACCAAUCUUUGAAUAUAGCAGGACAGACUAUAUUAGAGUCUGUUGUAAACAGAAAGAAACGGAAAAGGAAGAAAAAGGAUGACAUUGAUGAGCAAGAAGCAGAAAAUGUUUCAAAAGAGGCCACUGACCCCUCAGACAGUUCUAAAGGAGAAAAGCCAAGUAAGAAGAAAUGUCAGCUUUUGGUAACUGUAAUAAAUGGGGAUGAAUGUAACAAAGGCUUGGAAGUUUCCAAUUUAGAAAACCUAGAUGAGAUUGCUUGCAUACCACCAAGUAAAAAUGUUGAGAAUGAAACUGAACACAUCUCUUCAGCAAGUAAUCAAGAUGUUAAUGCCGCAUCAGUAGCAGCAGUUGAAUCUUCUGAACCAGAGGCUUUAGAUUUGUCUCCCUCAAAAGCCAGAAGUAAAGAAUUGACUCAGAUUGUUCAAGUUGACAGCAGCGUAGGAGGAAAAAUUGGUGAUACUACUAUUAAACUCCUGGAAGCUGAAAAAGCUGAUACUAGCAAACCCAAAGUGAGAGGACGUCCCCUCAGGCCUAAACCCAACUUGUUAAGACCAUUUGGAAAGAAAGUAGAAUCUACUGAAAAUAAAAUUGAAAUGGAGACUAAAAAUUCAUUUCCAGAACUUCCAGGAAAUGUUGAAAAGAGUCACAUGGAAAAAGAUGAAUGUGGCCCUCCUGAUAUUCCUGGAAAGGAAGUCGCAGAAACAGAGAGUCAAGGACCUGAAGCUGAAUCUCAUGAAAACCAUGGUUUACAAGAAACUGAUAAGGCAAGUACUUUCAGACCACCGAGGUUAAUGAGGGGUCGAAUGCAGAGACCAAAGCCACAUAUCAGGAGAACAGCUGGCCAGAAAGAAGUAUUAGCAGCAGAAGACAAAACCGGAACUAAGGAAGAGGAGGAAAGUGAGUCCAGCGUCGCCAAAGGUGCCCAAGUACAAACAGAAGAUAAGUCAUUUAACAAGUUAGAUGUUGGGGACAGUAGUUCAAAGAGUGAAAAAGAAGAUGUAAUUUUUCAGAAGUCAAAAGCAGAUGAGCUUGAGACUGUUAAGGAAAAUCAGAGUCUGCAAGAUGACAAUAAAUCAGAUACACUCAAACAAGGACCAGUAAUGAGAACACGAUUUCAGAAGCCAAGACCUAACAGAAGAGCAAGUGGAAGAGGCGAAAUUAGCACAGGGGAAAAGGCACCCAAGGAAAUAAGUGUCACUGGAAAAAUAGAGGCGAGUUUGCUUCAAACUGAUGAUGAAUUCAGUUCUCUUCCCCUCCCAGAUAUUAUAAGCUGUGGAGUGCCACCCCCUGUUGAAGCAUUUGAAAAAGAAGCACCUUCUCAAAAGGGAAUCUCAAGUCCAGUAAUUCCUCUGAAGCCUUCUUGCAUGUCACCUGUAGAAGAGUGUGAAGAAGAUAAGGAAAGACAAUCUACAACUGAUCUGGAGCAGGUUUCACAUAUUAUUGAAAGCAGAUGUUCUCAAGAUGAAAAGCUCUCUGUAGUUAAAAAAACACCUUUUGUGAGAAGUCGAUUCAAGAGACCAAGACCAAACUUAGGAAGAGCAAUUGAAAAAAGUGGUGUUCCAGGAGCAGAAAAAUGUGAGUUAGUGGAAACAGGAAAAUUGGAGAUUAUGAUACAACAUGAUAGUAAACAAGAUGCCAUCUCCCCCCCUCAAGAUGAUGCCUUUCUCCUUCAAGAAAAUGUUUCUAUCUUUCAAGUUAAUUCUUCCCCCUGUCAAGAAGAUUCCUUCCCACCUCAAGUCACUUCCUCUUCUCCCCAAGUUGAUGCCUCAUCCCCUAAAAAUGAUUCUGUUCUUGAUCAAGGUGAUGCCAUGCCCCCUCAAGUCCCUACCUCCCCCACCCAACUCGAUACCUUCCCACUUCAAGACAGUGCUUCUCCCCCUCAAGUCAGUGUCUUUCCUCUUCAACAUGACAUUUCGUCCCUUCAAGAUGAUGCCUCUCCCCUUCAAGGGGAAGCCUCUGCCCUUCAAGGUGAAGCCUUCCUCCUUCGAGACAGUGCUUCCUCCCUUCAAGACAAUGGCUCCCCAGUUCAAGGUGAAUCCUCCCCCCUUCAAGGUGAAUCCUUCCACCUUCGAGACAGUGCCUCCCCCCUUCAAGGUGAUGCCUCCCCCCUUCAAGGUGAUGCCUCCCGCAUUCAAGGCAAUGCCUACCCCCUUCAAGGCCAUGCCUCCCCACUUCAAGUUAAAGCUUUCCCCCUUCAAGAUGAUGCUUCCCCCUUUAAAGAUGAGGCCUCCCCCCUUCAAUAUGAGGCCUCUCCCCUUCAAGAUGAGGCCUCCCCCCUUCAAGAUGAGGCCUGCCUCCUUAAAAAUGAGGCCUCCCUCUUUCAAGACGAGGCCUCCCCCCUUCAAGAUGAGGCCUCCCCCCUUCAAGAUGAGUCCUCCCCCCUUCAAGAUGAGGCCUCACCCCUUCAAGAUAAGGCCUCUCCCUUUCAAGAUGAGGCCUCCCCUCUUCAAAGUGAAGCCUCCCUUCUUCAAGGUGAUGCCUCCUCACUUCAAGUUGAUGCCUCCCUACUUCAAAGUGAAGCCUUCCUUCUUCAAGGUAGUGCUUCCCCCCUUCAAGACGAUGCCUCUCCACUUAAAGGCAAUGCCUCCUUCCUUCAAGAUGAGGUCUCCUCUCUUCAAGGUGAGGUCUUCCCUCUUCAAGGUGAUGUCUCCCCACUUCAAGGCGAAGUCUCCCCACUUCAAAGUGAAGCCUCCUCUCUUCAGAGUGAUGUCUGUUCUCAAGACAGUGCCUCACCCCCUCAAGUUGGUGCUUUUCCUGCUCAAGUCUAUGCUUCCCCCCCCCAGUUGGCUGCCUCCUCCCUUCAAGUUGUUGGCUCCUCACAUCAAGAUGAUGCCUCUGUCCCUCAAGAUGAUGUCUCUCCCCCUCAGAUGGCUGCCUCUCCCACUAAAAAUGAUGUCACCCCUUUUCAAGUUGAUGUUUCUCCCCUUCAAGUUGAUGUCUCCACUCUUCAAUACAAUACCUCCCCCCUUCCAGUUGCUACCUCCUCUCUUCAAGUCAGUGCUUCCCCCAUUCAAGUCAUUACCUUUCCUGAAGAUGACGCCCAAGUCACUGCUUCCUGCCCUCAAGGUGCUGCCCUUCCCAUUCAGGACAUCAGCCACCCUUGUCAGAAUGAUGCAACUGAAUGUUCUCAAAAGACAGUAGUUAAAUAUGAAAAACCAGUUCCAGCAAAGGAGGAAGCAGACCUGCUUUUAAAUGAACAGACUCCAAAAAAGCAUUUAGAUUCAAUGAGUUGUGCACCUGAAGAGAGGUCUUCAUUUAUAGAAGCCCAAGAAAGUGAUUGUGCUGUUUCUAUGGGUGUUGAGAAUUCCCAGCAAGAUAUUAAGAAAAAUGACAUCCAACCUGUACAGCGAACAAGGUGCCGAUUUAAGAAGCCUAGGCCAAACAUAAGCAAAGCAGAACGGAGAGGAUCCAGGGCAGCAGGAAAAUGGGUUAUUGAAGAAAAAGAUAAGGAAGAAGGAAUAAUACAGCAUAAGAAUGAAUCUGAGAGUGAAUUCUUCACCAUUCCAAAUUUUAAAAUUGAAAGUGAAGUUGUACCUUCUGAAGCCCAUAGUAUGUGUGGAAGUAAGAAUCAAGGGGUAUCAGAACAAAACUUGCAGAUUAGCAGAACUGAAAUUUUAAAUGAACCAAUAAGCAAGGAUAAACAUAAGCCUCAUGCUAUCAGUCCAGCACAGUUGAGGAGGAGCCGAUUCCAAACAGCUAAGCCAAAUUUGGGGAGGGUGUACAGAAGGAAAGAAGAACCUGGAACAGAAAAGAUUGUGCCAGAUAAAAAUGACACAAGAAAAGCAGAAGAUAAGUUAUUGCAGCAAGGAGAUUCUGACACCCACCAGUCUCUAAAAGAUAAAACAGAGCUAUUGUCAUCCCUGGGGAUUGCAGCAAGAAAAGAAUGUGUGGAUUCGAGAGACUCUGCCUUGCCCAAAGAAUAUAGUCAGUCAGAAAAAUUGGAUUCCUUUGACAGACAGUUGGACUACGCUGGUCACAGUGGUCCAGGAGCUACUUCCUCAUCUAUAGGUGUUGAAGAGCAGUUUCUAAAUAAAUCAACAAGAUAUACACAACAAUCAAAAGAACCAGGUUGUCUGAAAAAUACUCUGGGUCGAAGAAUAGUUACUUCCUCAGCCUCUGAAUGUGAGAUGGAUAAUACUGACAGGAGAAUGCAGCGGAAAUGUAAACAAAAUUUCACCAAAGGACGUGGAGCCAAGCGUGUCCGUGGCAGGAUUUCCAAGAAGGAACCUAAGACCUCAAAGGCAGUAUUAGUGACCCUCCGAGCUUCUCAAGAAGAGGAUGAAGAAGAUACAGAAGACCUUGAAUCUGAAUAUGAGGAAGAAAACUACCACCUUGCACCAGAAGAAGUCAACAAGGCACCAGUGUUUGUACCUGUAGGACUCCGGUCACCAGAACCUGUUUCUGCCCAAAUUGAGGAAACUAUGGAAGAGCUUGAAAUUUCUGUGAAUGUCCCAGAUGUACCAUGUAUUACUAUUACUGAACAUCUCCUUCCUGAUAUAAAUGUGUCAAAUGAAGGAUUGAAUCGGGAACAAAAUUCGAAUGCCUCGGUUGAAAUUGCUACAAUUGGAUAUCCUGAAGAAGAAACAGGUGUCAAUGAUGGAAGCACAGAAGCUGCCAUAGCUUUACUUACAAUGGGAAAUCAGAUGUUGCAGUCAGAGACGAGUACUGAAGGAAUAGUGUGUGUGCUUCCUGAAGAUGACUUAAGGAGCCAUAUUUCCACUUCUAACCCAGAGACCUCUGACCACAAAGUACUUCUUGAACAUCAAGUUCUUUCUUCACCAGUCUCUAGUACAUUGCUUUCAAUACUAGAUGAAAAUAAGAGUAUAUUAGAGGAGCAAAAUACUGGAAAAGAAAUGAACAUACCUGGGCAAAUAAAGGAAAAUUCUACACCUUCCAGUGAUCUGUCUUCUAAAAAGACAAGUUCAUUGAGAACAAGAAGCAGAUUUCCUAAACCUAAGCCAAACCUCAGUAAAAUACUUGGAAAAGAUAGACAUGUUCGUCGGAAAGUUACUAGUCUUCCUGGAACUAUGAAUCAGCAGGUUGAAAUUCACAGUGAAACAGAAUGUAUAGCUUCCAAAGGAGCAGUAUUGGAAGAUACAAACCUAGAAUCAAAGAUUAUUGCAGAUGGCUUGAUGCAGGCUAGCAUGUUGACAGAUCUACACAGCUUCGAAGGCACCGAUGAUGGCAAAGAAGUCAAACAAAUAGAAAGAGAAGAAAACCAGGACAAGGAGUCUCAAGAGUCUCAAGUGGUACCUCCCACUCCACUAGCCAAGACCAUUUCAGAUGACAUGAGUGGUAAUCUCACUAAGACUCCCACUGGAGAAUUUCCUAGCCAUAGUGAUGAUGGACACAACUUAUUAAUGACUCAUUUUACCCAGCAGUGUAUGUUGAAUAAUGCUGCAGAAGUUGAGCAGCAGAAUGUAAGCAUCCCAGAUGGCAUAGCAGUGAAUCUGGUUGCUGAUGAACAUCAAGGAGAAGAGGAGCAGACAUUCAUUUUAACACUGGUGGAAAUCCCAACAGACUCAGUAGAGCAGUUUGCUGGUUUGUCGGAUUCAUUAACUUCUGGCCCUCUACUGCCAGCACCCAUAUUGGUCAAACCAAUGAAUAAAGAACAAAGGGGAGACCUGAGUUACGGAAACAGUAUGCAGCCAUCCUCUGAAAAGCCUCCAACUGAUUUGGAUCUGACAUUUAGUGAAACAUUUGGUCACAGCCUUGAAGAAAGCACUAGCCUGAUUGCUCCUACAAAUGUUAAUGUUUCUACUUUAGGAGAGGAUUGUCAGAAAAUCACUUCUGAGGUGUCCUCAGAAGAAUCCACAGAUGUGUACAAGAAUGCUACAGGAGAGUCUUAUGAAAAGCAGACAGUUGUCCCUGUCUUGGGAAGCACAUCUAUAAUUGCAGAACCUCAGAAGACAGAGAAAGAGCAGUCAGAACCCAGUGUUCAGGCUUCAGGACCUGAAUCUUGUGAGGAGGUGACAUGUACUCAAAAAGAAGAGAAUGUUCCUCAUUUACCUCCAGAUGAGAGUGUGGUGUCUGACAAGCAGGAAAGGAGUGGGGCUUCCCAUCAGUUAGAACAGAGAAGCAAGUCAUCGUCUUUGUUUUCCAGACCCGGCCGAAGACCCCUGGGAUUUUUAUCUUUGAUAUGUUCAGAGAAUAAUUUGGAAUCUGAAGAAGCCACACUAAUGAAUAGUCAAAAGCGUUUGAAACCUAUUAUACCUGUCUCAAGGCAUAAUUUUAGAAGACCAGCUCAACUGAAUGAAAGCAAGAGAAAAAAGCAAGACUCUUGUCCUCUUCCACCCACAAGUGCUGAGUCUCCUUCUGAAGCCAGUACUGUUAGCAGCUCAACACCUCAGGUUUCCUGUGAUCAGUCAUUUGAGGAAGAAAAGUGUAAAAGUGAUCAAAAGGUGGAAACUGAAGAGGAACCAACCAAAGUCACUGAAUAUUUUUUUAGUGAUAUUUUUAUGGAAGUGGAUGAAACAGAGCAAAACUGAAGCUUUUUACAAAGCUUGGGAUUUUAAUUCUCAAUUAUAGCAACAAAAGCAGUAUUUAGCUAAAGGAUCACUGUUGAUUUUUCUUGGGUUUGUUUUGUAUUUGAUGAACUUGGUCUUGAAGCUUUUAAAAUCACUGGAGUACAUUAUGGAUAUUUCCCUCAAAUUAGUUGAGUCAAGCAGUUAAGACUGGUUUAUCAAACGGAUAAUGACUCUUGUUUACACUUUGACCCUCCUCCUGUGCUGGCCACAUGUGGACACUUUGUGGUGUCGCAGAUAAAUGCCUUUUCAAUCGUAGGCCUAAAGUCUUUGGAGGUUGAUUGUAUAUAACAUUUAGUGAACACUUCUUUUUGUGAAGUAAUUUCUUGGUAGGGGCCUUUUAAUUUGCCUCUGUAAGUAGAUGGAAGCAGAUUGUGAAACUUUAGAAAAUGGCAAAGAAACAGCCACUUUCUAUUAUCAGCUAUUUCUCUGACUAUAAAUAUGUAUUUUUGUAAUAAAAGAAUCCAUAUUGAUGUAAGAUUGAUGGUUCAAAUUGAAAAGUAAAUAUUUAAGUUCAGUAUUUGUACAGAGGUGAAACAUCAAAGAGCUUAUUUAUUUAUUUUUUAUUUAUUUAUAAGAAUGCUGUUUUGUUUUAGUCUUUUCACCUGAGACUUGUGGGUAAGGUAGAAAUGAAUGUAUAUAUCCAAUUAGGAAUCUCUUCCUUAAUUUUGAAGCCUUUGACCAUGAUUAUUAUACUGGAUUAUGUUUGGUCUCUUGGGAGUUGUGAAGCCAGGAGGAUUUUCUUCAUAUCUUACUUGACUGACUUGGCUCUCAAUGGCAUUUUAGAUGGGCUUUUUAAAAAAAGAAAUUCAGGAUAAGCACAUUCUUUCCAACAAGAAAAAUCUUGCAUUUUAUUUCUAGCUGGUUAGGCAAAAUUCCUUCCACAAGUUGGUGAUUGUAAAUUGUAAGUCUUUGUUGCUGCUUCUUUCUUCCUCCACCAGAUUCUACAUGAACAAUUUGACUUGUGAUUAAAAAAAAUUUCUAAUAGAUAUCAAUUAGACAAUUGAAAUGAAGUCAUAAGCUCUGUUUUCAGUGUAAAUUCUUGGUCAGUUAUUACACUUAAGAGUUGUAAUUUCAAGGUCUAGUGAUUCAUCUUCAUAAUCUAGAAAUUGCCUCAAUUCCCCCCCCCACCUUCCUCCACCUCCCCAGCAAUUCUGAUGAAACCUUUCAAAGGAUAUUUCUGGUUUUGUUUGAAUAGCUUGUUUUUUAGUCUCCCAUUAAUUAUUUUGUGUUUGAACUUAUGAAUCUUUCCUGAAAGUAAAAGUCUUCAGAAUGUAAACUGAAAGCUGCAUUUCACAUAGAAAAAAAUGAAUUUCCAAAUCUGCUACCACCUACAAAAAUGUCCUUAUUCUUUAUAUCUGGCUAACAAUUAAUAAUGAAACAUACUACUUUACAGUAAGGAGAAAAGUUAUACGUAGAAAAAUAGUUAUAUAAAGUUCUUAUGUAAGGUAUACAUUUACUGUGAAAAUUGUGUAAUUGAGGAAGGGGACCAGAAUGCAGAAUCUGGAACUGCUGCAGUCUAGAGGAGGAGUCCCAGAACCUGUGGAAAAGACAUCCAAGCACCAUUAAGAAUUGUAUAGUCUUGAGUUUAGGCUGGGAGAGAGGAGGAGGGCUGGUGGGGACUGAUUACAAGAUUCCUAACUUAACUUCCUCUUUCUUCUCUCAUGAUAAAGGCAAGGCAAUGAAAAACCAGUAAAACUAAUCAUAGGCUACACUUAGGUUUUGUAUAAGCCAGAUUUGGGGGAAAAAUGAUUUUGACUCAUAUUAAAUUCCCAAGAAAAUUUUUCUUCCGUAGUGACUACUGCUUUUGUAUGACCCAUAAAAAGUGGAAGCGUGAGCCUAAAGUCCGUGAGAUAGGAACACAGUUAGAGGAGAGACCUGCAAGUCAGAGUGAGGAUUCUCUCCACUCAGGCAUGCAUGCAUAGGUUUUUCAUGCAAAUAAGCAUCAUAUAUAGAAAAAUCAUGAUAGUUAUCACAUUGCUUUUCUACUGUGGUAUUUUUAAAAAAAUCUUAACCUAAAUUUCUUUCUCUCUGAAUUUGUUUUCAGGAUUAGAUUGUAUGAUGGAACAGUAGUUUAAUUUACCCCUUGUAGACUUAUUUUUAUGAACAUGAACGUUGCCUCUUACAAAUUUCAUUUGUAAACAGCAGCUUUUGGGGAAAUGUUAUGUUUUACUAUGUAUGCAGUGGGUUUAUCUGAUUGUUCUAAAGAAUCAAGUCAGUUGGUUAAAUAAUCUUAUGAGAAAAAGUGAUCUCAGAGGAAGAGACAUUAAAGUAAAUUUAGUGCUACCAUGAAAAUGAAAAGAUUUAUUCACAAAUAUUUUAGACCUCAGCCAGAUUCAAAGGGUUUCAAUUUUGUAUUUUAAAAAAUGUUAAUUACAGAAAAUAUGAUUAAGUAUCUUUAUCUUUCCCUGUGGAAUACAAAGACUUUUUUUUUCCUAAUUGCCACAUAGGUCAGACUGUAUGUCCUAUCUCGAGAUGCAGUUCUGAAAAUAGGAAGUGAUUAUUCUAAAGGAAAAAAUUUCAGGAACGAUCAGUGCAGAAACAUAAUUUUUUUCUGUCAACACCUACUAGUUGCAUACUUCUGAUUUGAGAUAGAAGUGAUCAUCUAUACUAUGUUGCCUAACAGUUUAUUGAUAAGCAUGGAAAAAAUGCUCAUUUGUAAACUUUCUUGUUUCAAAGAAAGUGAUGAUCUUUCAUAAAUGUAAAUUAUGUGAAUAAUAAAGUAAUUUUAUACCACU